ACUCUGAACUCUCAUUCACCAGGUAACCAUGAAGAUAGAAGUAUACAAGACCAGCCCAGCUACUACCUGUGUUAACCCCAGUGCUCCUGCAUCCAGUGUAUUUGCUCUACCUGAUAUAUUAAACUCGGGAGGAGGUGGUGAUUAAUCAAUCAAUCAAUCAACCAUAUCCAGAUAUAAUAAAGGAUUGACUUUGUCUGUGUGGACUAACUUCUACAUUUCUAAUCUCAAUCUUUUGGCUUUCGAUCUAAAUACCAAACUCUCACUCUCAGUGUCAAGUUAAUUAAAUCGCUUGAAAGAACUUUUGUGAAUUUUAAAAUGGUUUCAUUAUUUCUGUUCUCUCUUCUCCUUGGAACUUCCGCAGGAGCUCUGGUAGUACAAUCUCAUUGGUCACAUGUUCGUCUGAAGAGCAUCCCUCCAGCACGUGUUGAUGGCCGGGAGGGCGGGGAAGUGAUUCUUUACUGCUCAGCCACAGGGUCCCCAGCCCCCCACAUAGCGUGGUACAAGGACAGCAUGUUCGUGUCCCACCUUGACUGGAGGGUGGAGGAGGAGAUCUCCAGUAUGGGGGAGUCGGUGGCCAGGCUCAUCAUACCCUGCCUCUCACAAAGUGAUGUUGGUAAAUAUGAAUGCCGCGCACGAUCAGGAGAGCAUGAGGUGUCAGCUACUACUGAACUCAAUGUUGUCCCUAACGAUGACCCCAAGGCCGGACACUGCUCUGAGUCCGGACUACCUCAGAUCUCCAUGUGGAGAAGAACCUACAUGGCCGAGGAGGGAGAUACAGCAGUACUACCCUGCAGGGUUCAAAAUGACGCAUCUGAUUACAAGUUUACUUGGAGCAAUGCUGAUGGUGGGAACCCUGGAGCAGGAAACGAUGUCCGCUAUUCGCUACUGGAAAACGGGGAUCUUGUAAUCCGCGAAACAAGAUUCUCCGACAUGGGACAGUACACAUGUACAGUGACCGGUCCAGCCGGGUCGGAUACAGUGCACACUUUCUUUUAUCCUUUAGCCCCAGAAAGAAAUAUGAUUAAUAAGUAAAUAUUUCGUUCUUGCUCUUUUUUGUGCAAUAUUGUUAAGUGUAAAGAUGUCUAAUACAUUAUUGAUAUGUUA